AUGGUAUCGGAAGCAGAAUACGACGGGUUCAAUCCCAAAAGGAGGAAACUCGAAUUUGCCAGAUCCAAAGGGAGGUACCAAGAUGGAUCUCGAAGCUCCACACCGCGCGGCCAGUCUCGAUAUGCGCCGACGCCUCCUCGAGAAUCCAACCAGCCGCAGCCGACGGAUGCAGAUUCCUUAGCGCUGGAUCGCGAUUGGUAUGGCGGAGAUGAAUUCGGAGCUCAUACAUUCGGCGAUGAGACUUACAAUCCUUUCGCGUCUUACGACACUUCGGCAUGGGAGAGUCAACAACAGGAGUCGGCCAAGGCCGAGAAGAUGACCAGCCGAUAUGACGCCCGACAGGAACAGAGGAGGAGAGAAAAUGAUGCCUGGGAGACGAACCGGAUGCUUGUUUCUGGCGUGGCACAGCGAAGAGAUCUAGCCGCCGACUUUGACGACGAGGAAACGACACGAAUUCACCUGCUUGUUCACGAUUUACGACCGCCAUUCUUGGACGGAAAGACGAUUUUUACCAAACAGCUUGAGCCUGUUCCAGCCGUUAGGGACUACCAAAGCGACAUGGCUGUUUUCAGCCGAAAGGGGAGCAAGGUAGUCAAAGAAUCUCGCCAGCAAAGAGAGCGGCAGAAACAGGCGCAUGAAGCAACAAGCAUUACCGGGACAGCGCUCGGAAAUAUCAUGGGAGCAAAAGAAGAAGAUGGAGAUAGCGCGCUGCCAAUAGCUGCCGAGGAGGAUAUGGAAAAGACUGAACGCAAGGGGAACAAAUUCAGCGAACACAUCAAGAACGCCGAAGGAGCCAGCGAUUUCAGCAAGAGCAAGACGUUGCGCGAACAACGAGAAUUUCUGCCCGCGUUCGCUGUCCGCGAAGAGCUUCUCCGAGUGAUACGAGAAAAUCAGGUCAUUAUCGUGAUCGGCGAGACGGGAUCGGGAAAAACAACGCAGCUUACCCAGUUCUUGUAUGAAGAUGGCUACGGGAAGACUGGUAUGAUUGGAUGCACGCAACCACGUCGUGUCGCCGCCAUGAGUGUUGCGAAGCGUGUGGCUGAAGAGAUGGAAGUCAAAUUGGGAAGCACCGUUGGAUACGCAAUUCGAUUCGAGGACUGUACCAGCAAUGACACCACCAUCAAGUACUUGACAGACGGUAUUUUGCUUCGUGAGUCGCUCAACGAACCCGACUUGGACAGGUAUUCUUGCAUCAUCAUGGACGAAGCGCACGAGCGAGCGCUGAAUACGGACAUCUUGAUGGGGCUGUUCAAGAAGAUAUUGCAAAGGCGGCGUGAUCUAAAGCUCAUUGUCACGUCUGCAACAAUGAACGCAAAGAAAUUUUCCGACUUCUUUGGUGGUGCUCCUGAGUUUACGAUCCCAGGACGAACUUUUCCUGUCGAUGUCAUGUUUCAUCGGUCUCCAGUCGAGGACUAUGUGGAUCAGGCCGUUCAGCAGGUGUUGGCCAUUCACGUAUCAAUGGACGCCGGUGAUAUUCUCGUUUUCAUGACAGGUCAGGAAGACAUUGAAAUCACUUGCGAGCUGGUACAGAAGCGCUUAGAUGCUCUUAAUGACCCUCCAAAGCUGAGCAUACUACCGAUUUACAGUCAAAUGCCAGCAGACCUACAGGCCAAGAUUUUCGACAGGGCAGCCCCUGGAGUUCGCAAAUGCAUCGUUGCCACCAAUAUUGCCGAGACGAGUUUGACUGUAGAUGGUAUCAAGUAUGUGGUUGACGCGGGUUACUCGAAGAUGAAGGUGUACAAUCCCAAGAUGGGUAUGGACACGCUUCAAAUCACACCGAUUUCCCAGGCCAACGCAGGGCAGCGUUCAGGUCGUGCUGGUCGAACGGGGCCGGGAAAAGCAUUCCGACUCUAUACGGAAAAGGCAUUCAAGGAGGAGUUGUACAUUCAGACUAUUCCUGAAAUUCAGCGGACCAACUUGGCCAAUACCGUGCUAAUGCUGAAGUCGCUUGGAGUCAAAGAUUUGUUGGACUUUGACUUUAUGGAUCCACCUCCACAGGAUACCAUUUCCACAUCCAUGUUCGACCUAUGGGCUCUAGGAGCUCUGGACAACUUGGGGGAGCUGACAGAGCUGGGACGCAAGAUGAGCGCCUUUCCCAUGGACCCUUCCUUGGCUAAGCUACUGAUUACAGCGGAAGAGUAUGGCUGCAGCGAGGAAAUGAUAACAAUCGUGUCCAUGCUGUCGGUCCCAAACGUCUUUUACAGGCCCAAAGAGCGGCAAGACGAGGCCGACACACAACGAGAGAAAUUCUGGGUCCAUGAGUCUGAUCAUCUUACCUAUCUCCAGGUUUACUCAGCAUGGAAAGCCAAUGGAUUCUCAGAUGGAUGGUGCAUCAAGCAUUUUCUUCACUCUAAAUCUCUGCGGCGAGCCAAAGAAAUCCGGGAACAGCUCCUAGACAUUGUGAAGAUGCAAAAGAUGAACUUGAUUAGCUGUGGCAUGGACUGGGACAUCAUUCGCAAGUGUAUCUGCUCCGGAUACUACCACCAAGCCGCCAAAUAUAAGGGAUCUGGCGAGUACACCAACUUGCGGACGAAUCUCGGAGUCCAGCUGCACCCUACAAGUGCCUUGUAUGCUGGUCAUCCGCCAGAUUACAUUGUAUACCACGAGCUCAUCCUCACAUCCAAGGUAUACGUCUCGACCGUUACAGCUGUUGACCCUCAUUGGUUGGCAGACCUCGGCGGCGUCUUUUACUCCAUCAAAGAGAAGGGCUACUCCAUACGAGACAAGCGAAUCACUGAGACGGAAUUCAACCGCAAGAUGGAAAUUGAAGCGAAGAUGGCAGAGGACAAACGUCUUGAUGAAGAGCGCAAACAGGCAGCGACAGAACGGUCGCAUAAGAAAAAAGCAGACAAUACAGACGAGAAGAAGAUUAUCACUCAAGGCGCAGUAAGGAAGCCCGUAAUAAAGAGGCGAGGGAGAGGAUUCUAG